UUGCAGACAUUCAACACUGCUGCACCUUGCAGAGAUGUUCAGGACUUGACUAACGGGGUUGCCAUGGCGCAGGUACUUCACCAAAUAGAUGUUGCUUGGUUUGAUGCAUCUUGGCUAAAUCGCAUUAAAGAUGACGUUGGUGACAACUGGAGAAUAAAGUCCAGUAAUCUGAAGAAGAUACUGCAAGGAAUUAUGGACUACUAUCAUGAGUUCUUAGGUCAACAGAUUUCAGAAGAGCUUAUUCCAGACUUAAACCAAAUAUCUGAGAACUCAGAUCCCACUGAACUGGGCAGGCUUCUGCAGCUUAUUUUAGGCUGUGCAGUCAACUGUGAAAGGAAGCAAGAACACAUACAAAAUAUCAUGACCCUUGAAGAGUCUGUUCAACAUGUUGUUAUGACUGCCAUUCAAGAGCUAAUGAGCAAGGAAGUAACGGGUCCUUCCACGUGUGAUGCAUCAACUGACAUGGAACAGCAGCUUAAAAAAGCUUUGGAAGAUCUUCAGGAAGCAUUAGCAGAAAAAGAAGAGUUGGCACAAAGAUGUCAAGAGCUGGAUUUACAGGUGGCUGCCCUCCAGGAUGAAAAAACCAGCUUGAUGUCAGAAAAUGAAAUUAUGAAUGACAGGCUAGAGCAAUUAGAUGACUCUCUUGAUGAUCCAAAUACUGUGGUUGCAAAAAAGUAUUUUCAUGCACAGUUGCAGCUGGAACAACUGCAAGAAGAAAACUUCAG